AUGAGAAAUUACUUGAUGGAACAAAAAAAGAAUCAAAGAAUUUAUGUUCAAAAAUCAACAUUAAGAUUGGCAAAAAAGGUUUUGAAAUCAUUGCCCAAUAUGAAAUUCACAUUAUUGGCAGAUUCUGAUAAUUUCACUUUUGCUAAAUUAUUACUGACAUGUUUAUCUACGGGAGAAUUCGUUUCAGAUUCCUCUCAAUUAAUCCAAUAUCUCUACAGAGAUUCAUUUAAAAUUUUAUCAGAUUCGAAAGCUAAAUCAGUGGAAAUUCCAUCUUUGGAGAUUCGUUUGGAUAGUUUGGAAAAUAGUAAUGAAGAAUUAAAGGUCUCUCCUGUGGAAUACACAUUUGAUGGGUCGUGCUUUGUGGUGCUUUUCAAUAGAUUGGAUAGAGAAAAUUUUACAUCUGCCACCAAUAAUGCAUUGAGAUAUGUCAGAAAUCAUUCAUUUAAUGAAAAGCCAAUUAUUCUAAUAGGAUUUAAUUGGUGCAGAUUCUUUCUAAAUUAUUCCUAUAUGAAAACACAUUUCAUGCACCAAAGAGUUUUGAAACAUUCAAAAGAUUUUGUGUCAAAUGAUGAAAUUCUUUCAUUUUGUCAAAAACAUUCAAAUGUCAUUGGAUACAUUGAUGCCAAGCCAUCCAAAGAACGAGAUAUUUCAGAUAUUUUGAUGAAACUUGUGUCAUUGAGCAUGCUCUCCAAAAGAAUCAAUUGUCUUUCAGAUUUGGAAACUAGCUCAUUAUGUCUUUAUUAA